AUGCGGACGAUGGGGUUGUUGGUAUGAUAGAUUAGGGUUUUGUGAUCAUUUUGAUAUAUAUCCAGAUAUAUAUUUUGCCAAAUGUCAUAGCCAAAAAAUUAAAAUAAACUUGGGUUCACCAUCUGAUGUCUACUAUAAUAUAAAGCAAAUUUUUGCCAAAAUACUCUGUUACUUGCCAAAAUAUGAUUAUAAAUGACGUUUUAAGUACUAUAUACUUUACAUUUCUUACCGUGCUUUUCAAUUUCAUACCUAAAAAUUACGUUUUUUCAAUAAUAUUGUUUUAGAUGAGGUGGACAAUAUUAGGUGCCAUAUUAAUAGUACAGGUGUUAUCACGACCUCAAAGCGACACAAAAGAAGAACAUCCAGCUGAUGGUAAGACAAAAAUUUUAAAAAUCAUGUUUUGUUUAUUUAAAAAUAGCAAAAAGUUUUAAAAAUUUCGAAAAAUUUGGGGAUUUUUUCGUAUAACUUGUCUCUUGCUGCCUGUAAAAUAAAACUUUUUAAAAAUUAUUGGAUAUCUUGUAAAAACAUGUCGUAUUUUACCAAAUUUAUUCUACAUUAUGUUAUACUACAUCAUUUUAGACCUAAAAUGCCCAGAAGAGCGGACAGCCUACUUCGUAACUCCACAUGUCUCUCCCUUGGCAUCUUAUUCAUUCCGAGUUGAUGAAAUCGAAUUGGAAAAGUGUCAGGAGUGGUGUUCGAAGAAUCUGAACCCUCAAGAACAGCCAGCUACAUGUGCUUCGUUUACCUAUAACAACGAAACAAAGCAAUGUAAACUGUACCCCGAAAAGACCUUCCCUGACGGACUUUUGGAGCGACGUGACACCAAGAAACCCAAGUUUUUGUACGAAAAGUACUGUUUGCCAGGUAGGAUAUGAUUGAUUUUUGUAAAAUACAAUCGUCAUUAUCUAGUAAUUCCACUGUUUUACUAUAAAUUUUGCCGUAAAAUGCACCUUACCUUACCUCACCUUACCUUACCUUACCUUACCUUACCUUACCUUACCUUACCUUACCUUACCUUACCUUACCUUACCUUACCUUAUCUUACCUUACCUUACCUAAGAAUCUCUUAGCUCUACCAUAGUAAUUUCUAUGCCCUUGCCUCUACCUUUGCGCCUAUUGCUGCCCUACUCUACUCUACACUACUCUACCGUACCUUACCUAUUUUUUUACUAUACCGUACUGUCUCAUCGACUAGUUAUACUACUAUCAUAUUGUACUCGAUCAUUGACAUAGCCUAUUUUACCUUUUUCCCUAUCUACUCUAUCAUUUCAGAGCCCCUCUCCCAAAACUGUGCCAAAGUCCACUUCCGGCGUGUCGACGAAAAGAUUCUGAAGGGCUACGCUCAAGCUACAGCCAUGGUACGAACCCUAGGAGACUGUAUGUCACAAUGUAUCAAGGAAAAUGACUUCCAAUGUAAAUCGGCAAUGUUCUUCUACGAAGAAGGCGAAUGUAUCACAAACCUGGAAAGUGACGAUGUGUCAUCGGAAGGUUUGGUGGAGCCAGAAGAUGACGAUAGAGCGAUCUUCAUUCAGAAUGACUGCUACUUCAAGGACCAUAAGAAGGAGGAUUCUAAGUCUGAAUCCAAGGAUGAGGCUUCUAAAGCUGGAGAAGCUAAAGAUUCUGAAGCCAAGAAGGCUGAAGCUACGCAAAAACAAGUUUCUGGAGCUACUGAUAGGACUUCGGAAGUCCAAGAGCAAGCUUCUGAAGACCAUAAGGCAUCUGAAUCGACCCAAACUGCCUCCGAAUCUACCAAGCUUUCAAUGUUGGAGAAGGUGACCGUAGACGAAUCUACGAAGCCAGUUCACGAAGAAGUUGCUACACAAUCAGCUCCAAGAGAAGACAAAAACUCAAAGGAAUCUACUACACAAAGAAUCGAGACGGUUAAUAUCCAAACAGCUGCUCCUGUUGACAACGAAGACGCUGGUAAACACUUGGAGAUUGUUGAUCAAGACAUUCCAAGUGAAGGAGGUAUAGAGAAGGUGGACAAACACCCUGAGUUGUAUGGUGCCAAGAUUUUGGUGGGUUUUUGAUGUUUUUAUAGUUACUCACGCUCUAAAUUUUAAAAAAUGAAUGUUUUUCGUAAAAUACGGUUCUUCUAAAAAUGAUAACAAGUUUCAUUUAUAACAAUUUCAGCAACCAUCCGAACAAGAAGGCUCCCUCUUCACAAACCAAGAAUCCGAAGCCAAGCCAGCCAAGAUUGGAGCUCCAGACUCUACCAAGAAGCUGAAGAUCAACGCUCUCCACACCGAGCCUUUCCGAUCGGUCGCUCCCUCUCCUCUCAAUGCUCCAGCUCCUCCACCACUCAACGAUGAAACCUUGUACUUCACCGCCUGGAGCACCUGGACACCGUGCAAAAUGAGUGGUGAGAAGCGAGUACGAAGAAGAAAGUGUUUGGACUUGAAGAAGUGCCGAGGAAGCUUGACUCAAAUCGAAAAUUGUCCAGCUGAACUGAUCAAGGAGGUCGAGGACAUCAGUCCUCUGGAUAUCACUGCUGAUGAUGGUAAGGGGUGGAAAUUGAAACAAAAAUUUUUUUAAAUUUUGAACUUUUAGAAAAUAAAAAUUCACUUUCAAAUUGAACCCCUACAUCAAUAUAAAUCUAAUCCUCCAUUUUCAGCUUUCCAAAACGGCCCAACCCCACCCACUCGUCAGCUUUUGCCCGUAGGAGUUGCCCGAGUUGGAGGUCAAGAAGGAGCUCCACCAGCUAUCUUGCCACCUAAACUAUCGAAUGAGCGGACUGAAUCUUUGCCAGAUGGCGCUCCAGGAAGGCCCGAUGAUGUGUGGUCGGCUUGGUUGGGGGUUUGUCAGGUAAGGGAUGAUAAUUGAAGUUUUUUUGAAACCAAGCACUUUGUCCGGUAGAGGGGGGCGAGGUCAGAAAUCGAAAAAAGUUCCCUAACCUGCCUAACCCUGCCCUUCCCUAUCGUACUUUGUCUUAUCCUACAAUAUCCUAGAAUAACUUACAAGAUCAUACCCAGCACUAUCCUGCUCUCCCUUAACAUACCAUCUACCUUACUUUGCUUUACCUUACUCUACACUAUCCUGUCCUACUCUACCCUCCUUAUCCUACCCUACUUUUCUCUUUAAUCUGUCCUAUCGUUCGAUCUCCGAAUAUAGUACUAUAAAGUACAAAAACAAAAUUUUAUUUUUUUAGCAAUUCGCCUCGAGCCAGCCCUGCAAAAACGGUCAUAUGAUUGGAUUCGAGUCGCGUGAAUGCAUCGCCAAGGACCCCACUUCGUGCCAAGGACCUUUCUUCAGAUACUGUAUGCUACCAUGUUAA